AUGCCUUCCAACGGUGGGAAAUGCCGAUUGUGGUCUCAGCCAAACGAGCCGAUCAUCCCGAUUAGGCGACGACGCCAGCUCGGGUUGUUUGACACGUUUGGCCGAUACGGGGUCAUAAGAGCAAAAUAUAAUGCCGCUAACCCAAACGUUGAAGCUUACCAUUACAUCAAUACAACCGGCUGGUACACCUCAAUAAACCCAGACGGAAGUCAAGAGAAGCUCCAUGUGAAAAAGAAGACAGCGUACCUCCCGCCUUACAGCGGUACUUGGGAGGAUUGUUCGGGGGAAGUCGAUUGGGAUACAUUACCAGAAAUACCCGACCUUUGUAUUGCGACAGGAAGCCGUCCUACCCCUUGGAUUUGGGAGGAAAUAAAAAGGCUAGAGCAGGAAGAAGGUAUGGUUGGUUCGUCCGUGGCAUGUGGCAUAGCUAAUGCCACAAAGCCGCAAUUGAAGCAGCCCAACGACAAUAUGACGAAUGGGCUACAAACGACGUCUGGAAUCACGGACCGGAAACUGUCUAAUGAAGGGAGGAUGUCGAAUGUCAACGAGGAUGUGAUGUCCGAAUCCGCGAGCGAGACCUCGACCUCCCAGGACGAGCUGACCGAGGACAAAUUGCCCCGAAAGAAGAAAAGUUCAGUCAACAAAGUCUCGACACAGCUUGUGCUAGCCAUAGAUGCAAAGGAGACGGCUGCAAGCAACGCAUCUGAGGAUGAAAAUGAAGCGGCAAAACAUACCGGCGUUAAAUCCAAAUCACGUCAACGGAAGAUUGAAAAGCCAGAGAAAGAGCAAAAAGAGCACAAGAAGCAAAGGAAACAGAAAAAAGCCGAAAGCAAGCAGGGCGGGGAGGAGAAGAGUCCUCGAGCGAGGAAGAUGGGAACUGUAGAAGAGGAACCCGAAAAACGACAGUUCGAAGAGCAGGAAUCCAAGGAGAAAGCCGAAGAGAUGAAGCUUGCAAAGAAGCUUGCAAAGAAGCAGAAGAAGCAGAGAAAGCUCGAGGCGAAGCUUAAGGAAGAAUCAUGCCGAAAAGAUUCUGCGGCCCUAUCAAGUCGGAAGCGGAAGGCCGACAAUGAAGAUGAAGUUACCACGACUUCAAGGCAACACAGAAGAAACAGCAUAGGACUUAGGGGAGUGAUCAGAUAG